AUGUCUUCGUUCAAACGGAAAUCGACCUCCAAGCAUCCUACUCUAUCUCAUGGCACCCGUAGUUCCCCAUCUUCGGCGACCACAGUCAUCACAUCUACGGGGGUCCCGUCUUUAGAUGAUAUCCUUGGGGCUGGUCUGCCGCUCUCUUGCUCUUGUGCCAUUCUAGCUUCUGAUUCGCACUCUGCCUACGGAGAACUCAUCGCGAAGUAUUUUAUAGCCCAGGGUCUGGCCGUGAAGCAGAGAACUUUGGUCAUCGGCGAUGGAGCAAAGGAGUUCGUCUCGGAAUGCAUGUGGACGCCUGGUACAUCAGGCUCGUCGUCUUCGAUACCGAGCACGCCUGGAAAUGAGGACGAAGAGGAAAAGGCCGGAGAAGAUGAUAAUCGAGUCAGAAUCGCAUGGCGCUACGAGCAAAUGAAGCAAUUCCAGACCUCCGUUAAUACUACCAACUCGUCGAACGGCGAGUUCUGUUCGACCUUUGACCUAACUGCUCGAAUUCCGAAUCAAGUUGUUGAGGCUGCUUGUCUCGCCGAUGAACUCAUUUGCAUACCUGUCUCGCACGCGGGAACGAGCUUUGCUCCUCGUGAUAUACUUAGAGAUGUAUUGGAGGCACUGCAAUCGGGAAAGCAGGCGCAGGCGACCAGAAUAUGUGUGCCCCAUCUUGGCAGCGCGGAAUGGGGGGAUCUGACGCAGAAGGAGAUCAUCCAGUUCCUAUAUCAUCUACGUCGCAUAGUACGACAUCACAUACACGCAUGCGUUCUGAUUUGUCCUGCUCCCCAUAUAUGCGAAGAUCAUUGGGGCGGGCCAGGGUGGGUGCAGAAGCUUGCAUGGGUCUCAGAUGCCUGUGUGGCGCUCUCCGCUUUCGCAGGUGAUCCUUCGAUGUCUGCAUUGUUCCCAUCACAUCACGGAUUGGUUCAGAUCCACAGUCUACCGGCCCCGCACACGUUGUUACCUCCCAGUGAUCGAUUUUCAACUCUUCGGGGGGUCUCCGCCUCUGCUUCUUCCGCAGGCGGAGUAGGGGAGAACAAUCUUGCCUUCAAGUGCAUGCGCAAGCGGCUCAUCUUCGAGACUUUGCAUCUGGACGUCGAGGGGGGAGUCGGGGAACGCCGUACGACCCCAGCGGCAGUGUCCUCCGUUGUCGACUCUACAAGUCUUGGUGGAUCAUCAGUUGGGCCGCUAGCACCGACGGGCACUUCACGGGCUGGGGGGGAUACAGCGGUCGUCCAAGUGCGACUUGAAGGCUCCCGCCUCCCGCUCAAGGCGGAGAACGCGCCGUCAACAAUCACGGAUGUCCACAAACCUACCGCACCUCCGAAAGCAGCCAGGGCAAAGAAAAAGGUUGCCUUUAGAUCUGACGCUCCUGACUUGUACGAUUUCUGAGGAAUGUCAAUCCGACUCCCGCUUGCUCCUAACGGUUCUGUCGGUUUUCUCGCCUCCCUCGAACACCAUCUUUCCGUCACUAUUCAAGUAGGUCCCUCACGGACAUCAUGGGGCAAUGGACGUGUCCACGAGGGCGAGCCGGCGCCAUCACCGAGAUUGCAUCCCCUGCAUCACUUGCGGCCAUGCCACAAUCAUGUCGUAGCGUUGCAAAGUCUG